AUGGCUAUGGUGGUAGGAGCAAGGGCGGCUGGGGAGCUGAGGCUGCCGACGGCGGUCCCAUGUGGGGCGGUCCGCCCACGCUCGUGCGCGCUCCCUCGGGUCACCGUCCCAUGCGGCGGUCUCCCGGCGGCCGUUCCCAGGAGGAAUGUGCUGUCAACAAUGCUCUCCACUUCGACGAUCCUGCUCUUGGGUCCGAGACAGAUCACCUUAGCAGAGACAACCGGUGGCGCAUUCAGGGAGUACAUCGACAUAUUUGAUGGCUACACCUUCCUGUACCCAAAGAGCUGGAUCCAGGUCCGGGGAGCUGGUGCGGACAUAUUCUUCAGAGACCCCUUCGUCCUCGACGAGAACAUGUCGGUCGAGAUAUCGUCGCCUUCCUCGUCCAAGUACACGAGCGUCGAGGAUCUCGGCCCUCCAGAGAAGGCUGCAGAGAAGGUUCUCAAGCAGUACCUGACGGAGUUCAUGUCCACCAGGCUGGGCGUUCGGCGUGAAUCCAACGUCCUGUCGGCGGUGUCCAAGGUCGCUGACGAUGGCAAGCUCUACUACGAAGUUGAGGUGAACAUAAAAUCCUAUGCGAGCAACAACGAGCUGGCGGUGAUGCCACAGGACAGGAUGCAGAGCCUGGAGUGGGACCGCCGAUACCUGUCAGUGCUCGGCGUCGAGAACAAGCGGCUCUACGAGCUCCGGCUGCAGACGCCGGAGCAGAUGUUCAUGCAGGAAGAGGACGACCUCAGAAGAGUCAUGGACUCCUUCAGGGUCAUCAAGACGGCGUAG